AUGGAUUGGUAUCCAAGAGAGCACGUGAGUAAGAGAGGACGCCCGCCAACAGACUGGGACAAGGAGAUGAAGAAGACCUGCGGGGGAGCAUCCUGGAAGAGAGUAGAAUUGGAGAGGAAAGAAUGGAAAAGGAUGGGACAGGAUCUGCUGAGGGCUUCCUCACUGAAUCAUCCCAUUUCUUGGACGGUAAUGUCCCGUGGAUAG